AACAUCAGUUGUUGCCAAGACUUUGCUAUUGACAAUCUUAACCAGUGUUUCAUAGAAAAUUUUAAUAUUUGAUAUAAAAAUUUAACAAGUAUUUGAUACCAGUAGCAAAAUGCUAACGAAAUAAACUAAACUGUUCUAACAAAAACUACAAAAAAAAUAUUUUUAUGUGACCUUCCGCAAGGGGACAUUUUAGGACCACCGCAGCUUUGAUGAAAAAUAAAAGUGAAAAAUAAGGUAGAAAUUACUAAAGUAAUAUAAUUAAUGAUAGUGUAAUAUAACAUUAAUUAAUUAAAAAUGUUACAAAUAAAAUAUACGAUGAAUUUAAUAGUUUUGAUAAUAUUGUUGAUACGGACAGUUAAAGUGGUUAGUAAAAACGUGAGUGAGAAUGAAAGAGCUUUGAGAGCUGAAUUCGUUCAGAAAUUAUUGAAUAAACAAAAUAAGUUUGAAGGAAAAAUAAAAUUAGUUGGAGGAUCGAGUAAAUAUGAAGGCAACGUCUACAUUUAUCACGCUGGUCGUUGGGGAGCAGUAUGUGAUGACAACUGGGAUGAUGAAGCUGCUGCAGUCGUCUGCAGGUCCUUCAACUUGAGUGGGAUUGCGACAGUCGGUAGUCAGUAUGGAGAAGCUACUGAAAAAUUUUGGCUAGAUGACGUCAUAUGUCAAGGAGAUGAACCAUCACUUUCCAAGUGUGUUUUUAAUCGAUGGGGAUCUACAGAUUGUGAUAAAGACGAGGUAGCUGGAGUUAUAUGUAUGGAUGAAAGGCAAUUACCAACAAACCGUAAGGAUCAGGAUUCUGUGCAGCUAGUGUAUAAAGAAGAGAAACUAAGAGAUGUUAUAGAUAUUUCGAUGUCUAAACUAAGGCUGACUGGCGGCAAGAAUAUCAGAGAAGGAAGAGUUGAGAUCUUCCUCAACGGCACCUGGGGCAGUAUCUGCCCUGACGGUUGGACGGUCUACGAAGCUUCCGCAGUCUGCCGCCAUCUUGGUCUCGGUUAUGCAGAACAAGCUUUGCAGACUUAUGUCUUCGGGUUUUCAAAUAUCAUUCUCAGUGGCGUUUCUUGUGAAGGCAAUGAGUCAACCCUGUUUGACUGUAAACAUAAGCAGCGAGGCAAUGUCAAAUGUCCUGGUGAUAUUGGUCACACGGCAGCGGUAGUAUGCACCCACUUCCUAGCCGACCUGGUGCUGGAUAUGACAGUAAUUGAAAGAUCAGCUCACCUGCAAGACGUGAUGAUGUACCAGCUACAAUGCGCCAUGGAGGAGAACUGUUUGAGCAGGACUGCUUAUGAGGUUCAGAAACUGAUACCAGAUUGGCAGUAUGAGACCCGGCGUCUACUCCGAUUCACGGCGUCAUCACUCAACGCUGGCAAUGCAGAAUUCAGGCCUUACUUACCGAAACAUUUGUGGCAGUGGCAUCUAUGUCAUAUGCAUUAUCACAGUAUGGAAGUCUUCGCGACAUUCGAUGUCCUGGACUACAAUGGCCUCAGAGUGGCUGAGGGUCACAAGGCCUCUUUCUGUUUGGAAGACAACACUUGCAUGAAUGGAGUGCAGAAACAAUACUCUUGCAAGAACUAUGGUGAUCAAGGAAUCUCAGUAAACUGUUCAGAUGUGUAUAUGUACAACAUAGACUGCCAGUGGGUGGAUGUCACAGAUGUAGGGCCUGGGGAUUACCACUUCAAGGUGGCUGUAAAUCCUCACGCUAGAGUAGCAGAACAGAAUUACCACAACAACGCAGCCUUAUGUAACUUGAGACUCACCUCUACAUAUGCUUUGGUCUACGGAUGCAGGCACGAAAGACCAUGAGACCGUGAGACCAGCUCUGAUAAAUAUUUAGUGACGUAAUUAAAAAUUUCAGACUAUCCCUGAAUUGAUAUCUAACUACUUAAGUUAUUAUUGACAAAGUUCGAUUCUGUGGUCGAAUCAAGUUUAAUUUUCAGCCCUUAGAGCCGAUUUUUCAAUCAUCAUUUAAUUCUCAACUGUAGAACAAAAUAGACAUUAGCCAGUUUUUAAAAAUCGGCCCUCAAAUGAAUAUUUUAAUUAUGAAGUGACAUGUUUUUGUAAUAACUAUCGUGAGACAUACUAAAUUAAGUAAAAACGCGGGUUACUCACGUGAAUAUACUGAGAAAAGCUCUACUAGUUUCGAACCACGCGGGCUACUCACAUGAGUAGCCCGC